AUGUGGAACAAACAGAGGUUCACAUUCAUCGUUCUCGGUGUGCUUUUCCACAUUUUCUAUCUAUGGUCGAUUUUCGAUAUAUACUUCGUUUCGCCGCUCAUCCAUGGGAUGAAGCAUCAUCGAAGUGUUAGUGGUGAGCCGCCCGCUCAAAGACUCUUCUUAAUUGUUGGUGAUGGACUACGGGCUGAUACCGCAUUUGACAAUAUCUCACACCCUACUACUGGUGAGACAGCGUUUUUAGCACCAUUUUUGAGAUCCCUUGUUCAAAACAAUGGCACGUACGGUAUAUCCCAUACCCGUAUGCCAACGGAGUCCAGACCUGGUCAUGUUGCUAUGAUUGCAGGAUUCUAUGAGGAUGUAAGUGCGGUCACCAAAGGUUGGAAAGAGAAUCCGGUUGAUUUUGACAGUGUGUUCAAUCAAUCGACUCAUACCUACUCGUUUGGCUCACCUGAUAUUCUUCCAAUGUUUAAGGAAGGUGCGUCAGACAAGAACAAAAUAGAUACCUGGAUGUAUGGCAGCGAAUACGAGGAUUUCACCCAGUCCUCAAUUGAGUUAGACGCUUUCGUGUUCGACCACCUGGACGAGCUUUUCUUGAAUGCAACGAAAGAUGCAACCUUGAAAUCGGAACUGAUGCGCCAAGGCAACGUUUUCUUUUUGCACUUAUUGGGUUGUGAUACAGCCGGUCACGCGUAUCGCCCAUACUCUGCAGAGUACUACGACAACGUGAAAUACAUCGACGGCAAGAUUUCUACCCUAGUUGACCAAGUUAGGGACUUUUUUGGUGAUGACGAAACCGCUUUUGUCUUCACUGCGGAUCACGGGAUGCAUGCAUCUGGUUUACACGGGGACGGUCAUCCUGACAACACAAGAACACCAUUGAUUGCUUGGGGCGCUGGCGUCAAUAAGCCUUUAAAAAAUAGGACUCCGAUUUUUGACAGCUACACGAAGGGGUGGGAUCUUGCCGAUAUACGUCGAAAUGACGUCAAGCAAGCUGACAUUGCAUCCUUGAUGUCGUACCUUGUUGGUAUCAACUAUCCGGCGAAUUCAGUUGGCGAAUUGCCAUUAGCCUUUAUAGACGGCUCAGAAACUGACAAGCUCAAGGCACUCUACAACAACGCUCUUUCUUUACUUGAACAAUACCUGGUUAAAGAAAUGGAGAUGAAGGAAUCCCAAUUUCAUUAUAAACAGUAUCAUAAAUUUGAGAAAAUGCCACAUAGCAAAUAUUUGACUCAAAUUGAAGAGCUUAUUACAAAAAUUGACAUGGGCGAAACUUACCUCGAAAGAGAGGCCAUCACUUUAACUGAAGAGCUCAUGAAAACCAUUCUCGAGGGAUUAAAUUAUUUGACUACCUACAAUUGGCGCUUUAUCAGAGCCAUUGUUAGUCUCGGGUUUGUGGGUUGGACUUUGUAUUCCUUUAUUCUUUUCUUGAGACUUUUCAUUUUGACGACUGACUACGAAACGAAGGCAUCACCGCUCAAUGUUUCAGCAUUCACGAUUAUUUCAAUGGUACUAAACUACAUUCUUUACUACCAACGGUCUCCUUUCAACUUUUACAUGUACCUUCUCUUCCCGCUGAUUUUUUGGUGUCAAAUUUUUGCCAGUGGGAGAGUUUUAGUUGACGGGCUAAAAGAGGUAUUUAAAGGCCUUGGAUUUGCAAAACAAGCUGGAUUUUUCUUCCUACUGGUUGCGGUAUAUGAAGGAAUUGUGUAUGGAUUUUUCCACCGCUGGAUAUUUACUGUGAUGUUUAACGCGUUGGCAUUUUACCCAUAUCUUUGUGGCGUCAAAAGCUUUCGGAGGAAUGCCAUUUGGUUCAUGACGAGUGCCGCGAUUUCCGCUUUUACUCUAUUUGAUGCUGUCAAAAUUGAAAAUUUGACUCAAAUCAACAUAUCGAGUUUCCUCAUUAUUGCUGGCGGUGCAUACGCCUUGAAGCAUGUUCGCAAUAGGGUCAACACUUUUACUUUGAGAGUGCUUAUCUGCCAGAUCAUUUUAGUCAUUCUUAUGGUGCUUACAACAAACAAAUCCGUCAUCUCUUUACAGCAAAGAGCUGGCCUGCCGAAAGACGCACAAAUUGCUGGAUGGGUUCUAAUCGUACUCUCCCUCAUCGUUGCACCCACAUGCCACUACCAUAAACCUAACGAUGAUUACCUCGUGAGAAUGCUAAGCAUAUUUUUGACGCUUGCGCCAACUUUCGUUAUUCUGACGAUCUCCUUCGAAUCCUUUUUCUACUUCCUCUUCUCGAUUUACAUUCUGCAAUGGAUUGAGAUCGAGUCGAGCUUGAAACUAUUAGCGGAUAAAAGUGGCUCUCAGAGAAACUGGCUACAGGUGCUACGCAUUUCGCUGAUUGGAAUAUUUCUCUUACAGAUUGCUUUCUUUGGAACGGGAAAUGUGGCUUCUAUCUCCUCUUUCUCGCUGGAGUCAGUUUUUAGGCUGCUGCCAAUUUUCAGUCCCUUUGCCAUGGGCUUCUUACUGACAAUAAAGCUUAUCGUCCCGUACAUCACACUUUCCACCGGGCUUGGCAUUAUUACUCGCAAGUUGAAUAUUAAGGACUAUACCAUUUCCUCGUUGAUCAUCUCUACCAGCGACAUAUUGUCGCUCAACUUCUUCUAUUUGUUGAGAACCGACGGAAGCUGGCUUGACAUUGGGAUUACCAUCACCAAUUACUGUCUCGCGAUACUGUCAUCGCUGUUUAUGCUCAUUUUAGAGCUUAUCAGCCACAUACUCCUCAGAGGCGUGGCAGUGAAUCCGGUCGUCAGCACCGAGAAAAAAGGUAAAUAA